GUGUGACGCGCAGUGGUGUUCACGAUUGUUAUCAUAGUAACCAAUCGCUGACCACCGGUACAAACGACGUUUCAACAUCAACAGUACGAUAAACAGAGACGCGCUUUGAAAGACCCCUUUCUACUUGUACCGAUACAUGUGUACUGGACAUCCCACUUGACAACAUUGAAGCAUUGAACCCCUAGGGAAUUGUAAGUUGGAAGAAGAACUUUCGAACAUACAUAACCAUAAGGACACAGACGUUUAUAUCGCAAGUAAAUCAGAUGAAACGAAUUUGUUUACCGAGCAAUGGGACACGUUAUCCAAGUUUUUCAGUGAUAAAAUUUCGGCAGCAGACGACGAUGAACGAAUCCAAAGAAUCUGCAUUAAACCAUAAUAAGGCUCAAUUCAAGCCUCUGGAAGAUAUCUCAGAUGUGAAUUGGAUGGCACUAGAAGAAACUGCAUCAGAAAUCAGAUCCAUCGCAUCGUCACCCAUGCCCCCAAAACGAUCGAGCAAGAAAUUGAAGACAUCAGUUAUGCCCUUACCACCUCCGCCCAGAAAGACUCCUGCUUGUAACGGUGUAUACUUAGAUUUGACAGCCAUUGGGAUUUCAGAAUUCCCGCUUGAUAUGCUGGAUCAAUUAUCAAACCUGAGGAUGCUAUAUUUGGAAAAUAAUAAUCUCCUCAAACUACCAAAUGCGCUUUUUUCGACAUUGAAAUUCUUGCACUGGAUCGAUGUGAGAAAUAACAAGUUGACAGACCUACCGAGUAAUAUUGCAUGGCACCCAUGCCUCGAGACCAUCCUGCUUCAAGGAAAUGAAAUCGAAAAAUUACCUUUACAAUUAUGUUUAAUACCAAAUCUGAAGAGGUUGCAAGUAACCCGUAACCCACUGGUAUUUCCGCCAAAAAACAUUGUGGAUCGUGGUUCUGAUGCGGUUUUGGAAUAUUUAAGAACAGAAUGGAAAAAGCUUCAUCCUGAAGCAACAGACACUUCAAAAGACGUUCCAAAGGACCUGGAGAAAGACAACGAUAAAGACAAGCCAGAUUUUACAACGAUUCUUUGUUAUGAGCCAAAAUCAAUAGCAAAGAAGAAGAAAGUUGCAGAUCAGCUUCCAGAUAUCUCGUCACUCACGAGCAAAUCUAGUAGCGAUGCUAAUUCGAUAAAAAAAACAGUACGCCAAAAGUCCUGGGAAUAUAAACCGAGCAACAGAUGCAGCAAUGAAAGUGAAAACUUGACUACGGCAAUGAGACUCAUGUGGACGUCUGAGGUGAAAGAAAUGCUCAACAGACAAACGUUGGCACUUCAGUGCGUGAGAAAUAAAACAGCAUUGAAAAACUGGAGACAGGACAAGAGAAGUUAUGACAAUAGUAUUGUGAAGGCUGGAAAACGAACCGCCGCAAAUAUACCAUUUGCCGUCGACCUAGACGAUUAUCCCAUGCAUUCCAAACAAGACUCAAAAAUGGUGCGUCUUCAGAACAGCUCGCAGCGGUUCAAAGCAGGUGGAAAACGGAAGUAUGGUUUAAUUGCAGCUAUAAACAUCGAUCGAAAAGUUGAGGAACUAUUCGAAUCAUUGAGCCAACUGCAAAUAGUUUAUCAUUCAGGAACACCGAGAACUGAACAGAAGCUCUUUGAAACAGAAAUCAGGAAGAUCACAGAUUUCCAAGAUCAAGUUCAGCGUCUGAAGCAUUACAACGACGUUACGGUGACUUCACCCUAGCAAACCACACCAUACUACCCCAUUGGCGAUGCAAACGCCAACCGUCGCUCAUAAUUUGAUUCAAAGGCAUUAUUUCUCUGUAUCAUUACGGUUCAAGGAACAAAGGGUACGGUUAUUACUUUUCAAAUCGCAAAUUCUCAUAUCGCAUGUACUGACCAAUGAUCGAAUAUAUUGAUAUGGAUGAUUGUGGAAUGCUAAUAUUAUUAAAAUCGGUUUAGGAUGACAAAGCCAAUGAAUGCUGAUAUUAAUACAAUCGGUUUAGGAUGACCAAGCCAAUGAAUGAUUUCGUCUGGUGAAUAAACAUUUCAAUGCAUUUUGUAUGGAAAAUUGUAUUACUUCUCUGGUAAUUCGUAAACUAUGUAGUAUUGAUCUACAUCGAGAUGGAGGUUUUUUUUUUCUUUUUUUUUUUUGGACAUAAAAUACUAUUAGCGCUGAUGUAGAGGAUUUAUUGAUUUUUGUACAAAACUACAAACUACAUUGUGGCGUGUGGAGUUCAAAGUUGUCAUCGGUUACAAAAAAACAAAUCAGAACUGUUGUAAAGCACACGUGAAAUUAUAAAAUAUUAGAGUUGGUCAAGGAGUACCAAUCGUUCACUUUGUUGCUGUUGUUAACAAUAUUUGACGGAUUCCAAAAACGUCUCAUUCACUCAAUUAGUACAUUAGUCGAUAUGAUUCACGUAAAACGUCGAAAAUAUUCACUUAGAGUACACAGAAAUCGGUCUAUCCGCCAAGAAUUUACCCCAAUAUUUUUUGUCGGUUCAUUAGUAAUAUGAUGGCAAUACGGUCAGACUUCUGAGUACUAAUCAUGAAUUAUAGUUAGAUUAUUGAUUGUUAUAUUCCCUUAAGUUCAAAGAAAAGUUGGAACGCCUCUUGGUAUUAUUUAUUAGAUACAAGUCUAAUCUUUCGUAGUUUAUCAGUGAGAUUCUGUGCAAAUUUCUUUUUCCCCUUCUUCCAAAGUUAACAGCGAUGAGUUUUUAUUUGACAGAACAAUGUUUAUACUUGAAAUAGUGGUGUUGUGAAAUGGCUUGUUUUUCGUGAGGUUCCUUACUUAUUCGCUUCAUCAUACUCACCAUUUUCUUAUUCCGGGCUUGGAAUAUUUAUCUCCAAACAGGAGAUAUGUAAAAAAAUCUUAUUCAUGCAUUCGACAGUUUGAGCCCACCGUUAAAAACUCCGGCACAUUACGAUUGCUAACGAUUCCUCUUCUUGCGCCGUUUGUUGGUCGACGAAACCGAGCUUAGCGUAAAACUCGUGGGCUUCGGUAUCCAAUUUGGGUACCGUUGUAUGCACACCAAACGAGCCUAAAAGAAAAUGCCAUUUUAGUGGAAAACCAAAGAUAGAAAAUUUAUUUUUUUAUCACAUUUCCAUUUGCUUACUACUCACAACUCACCAUUAGCUCUGAGGGCAGCUAAAACACAAGUUACGAGCCUCUUAGCAACAGAUUGAUCCGUCACGGUAGGCAGUAUUGAACACAAUAGUUUAGAAGGAUAUUGUUUGGAUAAUUCCUCCGCAACAUCAGGGGUGAACGAAUGAAAAUAUCGUAUGGCCUCCUAAGAAUUAUCCAAUAUCAAAUAAUGGAAUCGAUCCUUGAGAACGAUAGAAUGUUAUUCACUACCUGGGCAUCUCUUGGCAAAUUAUUUAUACUGUCGUCUAGGGGAUAUUUAGCCUGAAGUUCUGGGAUCCAAGAGAUAGCCAUCUUUUGCUCGAAGGUUUUGACAUUCAAGGCAGCUACGGCAUAGCCGACGAUUUCUUCUUCAUCUUCUACAACCAUGCAUAGUUCUGGACUCAGGGUCAGGUAGCCUCCGACCAAUCUACAGAAGGAGUAAAAAAGUGGAUCGGUGUUGACUCGGUGAAAAUCAAGACGACUGUUUACGUUACCUGUCAAUCUCUGCGGAAGUAGAUUUCGAUGUUCGGUUGCAAAUCGACCGAACAGCUUCUUCGUCACUCAACAGAUAUGGUCUGAUCGUAUAUAUUUUACUGCAAGGGAUUUCUGGUGCUUUGUAAACAAACAAAUCAUUUCCACUAUCUACUGGAAUUAAUCUCUGAAAAAUAAAUACGUGAACAUUAAGCAGAUCUCAAAACUAAUGGUCUCAAGAAAUUGAUCUACAUGGAUCCAUCUAUAAAUCGCAAUAUUUGACAAACCUGUAAAUCCGCAGUGAGUCCACCUCUAAAUACCCAUGGCUCUUGAUCACCACUCAUAAAUGUUUCUUUCCACCCAUUAGAGAACCCUGAUCGAUUAAGAAUCUAUCAGAAGAUGACGAUGAUAGGAAUAAUCUAGAUUUAUGUACAUCUAAUUCAUUCAAGAUUUACUUCGAUUGCCUUUGUUGCAUUGGUCCCAAUAUUACUUAAUAUACGCGCAAAUGUGAAAGCGAGCGAUGUAACAUUUUUACUUCGUAUCUUCCUCAUGCUCGUUCGAUAUCUCUGAUUGUAAGUAAACCAAGUAGAUUGGAGUAUUCGAAGUAUGGAGUAGAUCUCCGUAAAUUAAUUUAUACAGUUUUUGCUUUUGUUGUUUGGGUACAAAAAUAUCUGAACGAUUAGGAGAACGUUGUAAAAAUUGUACUCACUCGAGAAAAUUUCUGGAUACAACAUUUCGAAACACAUUGAAACUCAGUGCUAUGACUGGAGUUAUGGAAAUUAGUUGCUGUCAAAUGAGUUUUGUGACAAAAAUAAUUCCGAGUCACAUUUUAUAACAAAUGAAAUGUCAUCUCAAUAUUUGUUGCAAACAGACGCGCUUCAUGAACUCUUGAUUCAAAGGUAAAAUCAAUGUUAGAUUUUGUAAAGCUGAUAAUAAAACACUUUACCAAAGUGCGCCUGAAAAGUGAAUAAAUUAAUUGUUAUUCCUGAAAACAAAUUGUUCAUCUGAAAGUUAAAUAAAAUAAAUUAGUGUUCACAAAUUGCUAAUGAAAACUAAAUAUCAUUCGCAACGCUAAAAAAUGUUUGUCUUUUUUUCAUCAAUAGAAACUUAUAUAUUACAAAAAUAUUAGAUAAUAAAACCAAUACGGAUCAUAAUUCUGAAAGUAUGAUUAGUAUGUGUCGGGUGAUUGCAUUACAAUUGAUAUGUACUUUAUUUUUUGUUUUCUACGUAUUUAUCAAGAGUUCAUGAGAGUUCAAUAAAUCUAUAGAGAGUAAUUUCACUGAAAAUAGCAGUUGCAUUUUUUGAAAAUUCUUCAUUCACUCGGUUCAAUCCGUCGAUGAAACUUAUAUCUGUUUGAUUAUCCGGUAUUCAAGUGCCAUUGUAACCAGAAUUAUUGGUUCACGAAUCAUACUCAAAGUUCGAAUGACGCAACAAGGGAGGUAAUUUAUUUCGAUUUCUGAAUUCUAUGUGCCAUAUUUAUGCACGUACGAUACAACGUUGUCACAGGCAUGGGAGAAAGGCGCUAUAAAUCUUCACCGAGCAUGUCGUAUAAAAUCUCCAAGAAUCAGUUUGCGCCCGUUGCUUUUAAUUUAAUAAUUUUCAUCUAUACACAAAGCUCCCAACGCAAUCUAAUUUGAGUAAAAAAUGAUCAACCAGAUACAUAAAUGAAACAGGAUCCUAAUAUUUUUAUCCAUUACGUGUAACCUUUACAGGAAUUGUAUUAGGAGCAAUGGUAGUCGCGCGCUAUAUUUUGUGUUAGUAAGAAAAACAGGUAAUUGGCAUACAUGUGUAGCUUCCCUGGGUGAAGGUGGUCAUCGUUGUCGGGAAUCUGCCAAACGCUGUGUAACAAGACAAAAAUGAAUAAAUAAAUAAACCAUGUUAGUGAGUAUUAGAAAUAUAUUCAUAUAAGUCCUAAAAUUCGAUUACCUGAAGAGAGAGCAUUUUCAAUUGUUCAUAUCAUCUACAAUGUUCAAUCAUAUUGGUUACACACAUGUAUGUAUUGUGCUUAGAAGGACAACAAGGAAACGAAUAAGCAUGUUGCAUUGAAUAUUGAAUGUAAAAAGAAUCACAAAAUGUAAAUGAAAAGUCUUUCUCCUCCUAGGUACCUGAUGAGUAUCAGAAGUCGAUUCCCACAUUUGUCCAUAUCUUUUGGAAUAACAAUUAUUAGACGAGUAAUAUGUUAUUUGUUGAACCUCAUAAGAUAUAUGCUGUUGGUAAAUUCCUUGUCGGAUAAGAGAAAAAUCCUCAUCCAUUGGUUUCUCAAAAUAAUUUAUCUGCAAAGUCUGCACAGACGGGCUGCUUGUCACAUGAUUUAUGAAAAUCUAAACUUCACGCGCUAUUAGCCAUAGGUUGAUUCAUAAAAUGUUCACUCUCUUUGGACUUCAACAUUUGAUUGAAUAUAAUGCGACAUAUGUGAGUCGAACAUGAUGAGAAUUAUAUAUCAAUUGACAAAAUUCCUCACUCUACGACUGCUACGUCUAAAAUUACGUAAAAUAGCGCGCUGAACCGUCACAAAUAAUAUAACGCAUCAUUUGUUUCAAUAUCAACUUUAUAACGCUGAUAUAAAAUUGUAUUUGCAGCCACUUCUAGGGCGCAGAAGCAGCCACAAUUAUGCGACCAUCGCAUUUAAAAAAAAAAAAAAAAAAAAAAAAAACAGCCUUUUCAAAAUUUUGGUUUUUCAAUUAUAUAACGCUCGGCUUAGAAUAACCGACACCUUGAUCGGCCUAUUUAUAGCCUGUGCGAAUUAUUGUAUGUAUAUAAAUUUCAAAUGAUAGUUUAAAAAUCUUUUCGAAAAGAUUUUUGCGCAAACUUGAAGCGUUUGUUGCAAAAGGAUUACAUUGCUACAUUAUUAUAAUUACGAAUACAUUUACGUUCGUCUUAUGAUCGGUCUGCCGCACUGCUGUGGCUAAAGAAUUCGCCAUAUGCAAUUGAAUUUGUCAGCUGGUCAUAGACCUGAUGUUGUCACAACGAUAAUAUUUUAUUGUGAUUUGUUCUAUUGGCAUUAGCGACAAUAAAUUGGGAUAUUAUUAUCAUUCUGGUAUAAAUCGACAAAUGAUUGUGAAGAGCAACAUGAUGAUGUUCAUUAUGAAACGAAAAUAAAGGGUUGUUUUCCAAAUGAAAUAAUUACAUUUCACUUACCAGACUGAUGAUAGUAUUUUCUUUUGAAAUAAAGGCACAUGUAAUGAAUUGGAGAGUUUCGAUGUAUAGAUUUAACAACAGUAGUCAUCUGUGGCUCAACAAAUAGUUGUGGAAUUUCGAGUUUCCCUUUCAAGACAAUAAUCCGACGCUCCGGUAUAACAUAAUCUCGAACGGCGAAUUUGUGCCAACCAUAAAACAUUUGCCACUUUGCCUAGUUAUUCUAACAAUUGUCAUGCGGAGGGAAAUCCUUGUAAAACUAGCUAGAGGCUAAUGAAUUUGGACGAACUUUGAUGUCACAAGUGAAAUUUCAGAAUGGUGCAAUGUGUUUUCUUCGAAUGUAAAAUGUAAUAAAAUAUGAGCACGUGAA